GAUAUCGUAGUGUUGGUUAUCGAGGACCAUGAAGUUGGAUCAUGUUCGGCAGCAAAAGGUAUUGUAGCGUUUGCAGCAGAAGAAAAAUUGAACACAGGCACUUGAAGCUGCACCCGUUCCCCAAGGACCCGCAGAGAUGCUUGGAGUGGCUAAGAAUCUUAGACAUUCCCAAUCUGAGGGGCAAGACGCUGAAACAGCUAAAUGAAACUUACAGGGUUUGCAGCUUGCAUUUUAGUGAGGAUCAGUACCAUCAUUCUGGGAGACUAAUGUUCAGUGCUUAUCCAUCUGAAGAAUUAAGCAACAUGUCUGACGAGCAACCAGAAAGAGAAAACUCGCCAGAGUUUAUUGAGCCCGGAGAGUUACCAGAUGAAUUAAUGGAGGUAUUUCAGGACAGCGAUUUGGGCGAGGACUCAAACAGCGGAAAUAGGGCCAACGCACUGAAGCUAGAACAUAGCGGCUCAUCCCCAAGGAGGUUAGAGGAUGAAUCAUCAAGAGUAAUGGAGUUUGAGCCUCCUGAUGAAGAGCCUGAGACAAAAUACAGACCACAAGAACCCUCAAAGAAAUUAAUUGAAGUUGGUCAUAGUAUGGAAAGUGGAAUGUUUGGAGAAAAAGGCAUAAUUGAAGUUGAUUUACUUGAAAUGGAUGAUGAUGACAUUGAUGUGUCAGACUCGGAGAUAAUGAAGGAGAAUUCACCGAGAUUACCGGACAACAAAACUUCUGAAGAGGAAACAGGCUCGAAAUCCAGACUAGGAGAGCAAUCGGAAGGAACUCUCGAUGUCAGUCAUGGCAGUGAUCCAUUUGAUGGAUCUAGUGGUAUAAUUGAAGUUGGUUUACUUGAUGUAAAGGAUGAACCUUUAGAGUAUGCUAAUUCAGAUGAUAAUGAUGUAGACGGGGACGAUGAGGAUGAAGACGACGACGAUGGAGACGAGGACGAGGAUGGAAACAAUACCACGAUGGAGGAAGACCCGCUCCACAUCGAUGCAGAGUUCCUCAACAUGAAAAGUGAAUCGCCUGAACCACCCAAGUAUUCUACCAAGCUAUCUACAGCUAUUAUGGAUGGUGAGCAUGGAGAGGGUGGUUCAUCUAAGCUGACCUCUGCACGUAGAUUUACCUCAAAGUCAUACAAGCAAAUAAAAAAGUUCAACUUGCGGUCUAAGAAGAUUAAAAAGCCACUGAAGAAGUCUAAGGCAAAGUUGAGAGUGAACCGGUGCUCCCAAUGUUCUUGCCAGAGGAGUAAUGAUGAACACCGUGAGUGUUCGGCUCAUGCACAGUGCUCCAGAAGUGGGCACUUUGAUCCUUUGUCAUGUGAAAUCUGCUGUCCCAGUGUUCAGGCACUGCUGGAUGCAGAGACAAUUGAUAAGGACUCUGAACACUGGAGGAAGCUGAAGAAUCGGUUCCUAGUUGCAACAAAAUGGGCUUCUAGAAAGAAUGUUCCCAUGAACUGGCUGGAUGAAAAGCUAGCACACAAACUGCAGAUUGUCAAGGAUCCUUAUCACACCAGCAGCACAAGUGCAGCACCACAAGUAGCAGUUGCUGAACCCAAAGUAUCACAGGACAAGCUCGUGGAUGAAAAAGUAAACAUUCCACUCCAUCCACAAGAGUACUUUUCGUUCUCUUCCACAGAUGAGUCCACAGGGUCAAAUUAUGGUUCUCGUACAAAUAGGAGAAAGAGAAAGAAAAAGAGAGCUGCGCAGUGCUCUUGUUGCUUAAUACCAAUCAGAGAAGAUGGGCAUCGUAAGUGCUCAGCUCACGCUUCCUGCACAAAGUCUGGAAUCUUUAACCCUCAGGCUUGUCGUAUAUGUUCACCACAUGUUAAGGCUUUACUUAAAGCAGAGGCAAUUGACAAGAAAUCUGUCCAUUGGAAGGCAUUAAAGGGUCGCUUCACUAAUGCAAAAAAGUGGGCUUCAAGGAAGGGUCUUGUUUUGAAAUGGGGAGAUGACAAGCUAGCACAUGCACUCCAGUUGAAUAGAGAGUACAUGCGAUCAAAGAGUGAGGUUUCCACAGCUUCUCCUGCUCAACAACAAUCCAACAUUUCCAGUUCCGGCACUCUUCAAGAGAACCAAUUAUCUCAGGACAAAUUCAGGGAUAUAGUAUAUCAAUAUGUCACCGAGGUUCUCAAGGAGAAGUGCAGUGAAGACCUCUUACAAAACUUGCCUGCAGCUCAUUCUUCCAAAGCGUCCAGGGGUAGGGGGGGUAAGGUUGGAUCUUUCUCACCUAUGCCACCAUCUAAAAGGAGAAGAAAGAUUUCUCCUCAUUCUGCAUUAGACCACUCUCUGUCAGCAAAGGAAGGGUCAUCUUCUGGUUUACAUCAUGACACUGUACAUUCCUCCAUUCCUUCAUCUUCCUUUGAGUCAGCUAUGCCUCUUCCAUAUCCGGUAACCCCAGAUAAACCACCUGCCAUAGGUGUGCUUGGAGAGGGUACAGGUAAUUCGCUUCCGGGUAUAUGGUUUCCAGUGCCAUCAGAUUGGAAUGUUAGUAUGGUUGGUGGCAAACUGGUUGCUACUAAACCAUUUGUGGAUGAAAAUGGUGCAGUAUCUCGCCAACCAAUUGAUAAUGUUGAGUUUCAAAUCACCCGGAACUCGGGGAACAGUGUCAUGAAAUGCAGAUAUGUUCCCUCUCCAGACAGCAGUUCUUAUCAUUCGUGGGAGGCGGCAGUGAACAGGCUGAAGCAGUCUUUGGCUGAAGCAGAUCAGCUUUUUCCGGAUAAACAUUCCAACAUUACUGUAGCUCUGUCUCCCACAUCUAAUGGACUAGAUAUAAAUUUUCAUCAAGAGCCCUCUGAAGUAUUAACAGCACUUGGAGAAGAGUUUGUAGAGCUGUGGAGAUCUGUAGCGGAUGCAUAUGCACCCAGGAUGCUGUCUCUGCCUCCAGGAUUUACAGGGGUGAGUUCCAUCACUGGGUCAUCAGCGUAUGCACAGGCACUUCGAUUCCUGUCUGCUCCUCCCAUCCUAAUGGAUGACAUUCCCGUGCACCUACGUCGGCCUCGGAUUCAUUAUGUUGAGGCGGAUGGGAGAACUCGGAAAUCAGCAUUAGCUUUGAGUUCAGUUCAGGCUGCUUUGGCAUAUGGCUCCGACUUUGCUGGCAGGAUGGCAGAGAAAUUACAGUCGGAUCCUGAGCUGGAUGCAGUAUCUGUGAUUCGCCUUUUGCAACAGCAAAUGCUAGAAGCAGCACAGUCAUUGACAUUCCACAUCAAGGACCUUCUUAAACAAGCAAUUCACUUUCGACUUUGUCUGCGUAAGGAUACGCUGCCGAAAGUACUUGAAAGCCAUCAUUAUAAGGUCGUGAAGGGGGAUCCCUUUGCAGCAGAUAUUUUUGGGCCAGCUUUAGAAAAAGCUAUGAAUCUCAAACCACCACCCACAACAAAAGACUAGUCAUAUGAGGACUCUAAAGGGAGUUUAUUCUCCCUUAGCCCCCUUUUAGCUGUAAGUAGAACUUUAACUUCUAUCUCCGAAGCAUUUCCAGCUUCACUUUUAAGCAGAUAUCACUUUCUAGAAAGACAUUUUCAUAGUGCAACUAGUAUGAAAGAUUGUAGUGGCACAACAGAAUAAAAAAGUUGAAUAUAGGAAAAACAUGAAUAAAGACUGGAUGCAGCUUAGGAAUAAAGUUUGUAAUAAGUGUUUAUGAAUGUGGUACAUUGCAUGAUUAAGAUGACGAAAUAAUGUUAUUUUUUGUAUGACCAGUUUUAAAACCGUGUCUCCUCUAGAAUGAGACAAAAUUUAGGGAGUAAAACUGAAAUGGUAAAAUUACAAUAAAAUUUACAAGAAGUAAAA